AUGGUGCAUGAGCUUCUGGACGAGCUUCACAGCGCCCGCUUCUUCACAAAGCUAGACUUGCGCUCUGGCUACCAUCAGCACGUCGGCCUUUUCCUCACUGCCCUCCGCGCCCACUGUCUCCACCUCAAGCGUUCCAAGUGUUCAUUUAGGGCCGCGUCCGUGGCCUACCUCGGGCACGUCAUCUUUGCAGAGGGUGUCGCUAUGGAUGCCGACAAGAUCGCGGCGGUGGUUGUGUGGCCAGGUCCGCAUUCUACUCGGGCCCUGCGGGGCUUCCUCGGGCUCGCCAGCUAUUAUCGGAAGUUCGUUCAGGGCUUCGGCGUCAUUGUAGCGCCACUAACGUGUCUCUUGCGCAGAGACGCGUUCGCUCGGGACGACGACACCGAGGCGGCCUUCCGGGCGCUGAAGGCCGCCCUCACCACGGGUCCUGUCCUCUAG